ACCUUUAUCUCACGGACCUCGAUCUUUUGAAUUUAUUUAUCUUUUGAUUUUUUUGGUGAUAAAAUGAUUCGGUUUUGUCCAUUCGAUUGAAAUUGAACGGUUGAAAUUCAAAACAAGCAGAGGAUCCUAAUACUUCUCUCACACAUCAGGAAACACUAAAAAACCUCUCUCUCUCUCUCUCUCCCCCUCUUUCUUUCUUUCUUUCUCUCUCCUCGCCAACUCUGGCUCGGGGAAGAGAACAAACCAGAACUUUUGGUUUUGGGUUGUAGAUAAUCGAAGCGGCUUAGAAUUUUUGAGCUUCAUCUUCAUCUUCGACUAAGUGAAGAAUUGUCUGAAACUCUUAGAGGGCAUUGUGAGGAGGUGAAGUAUAAAUUUGGUGAUGCCAGGGCCCACCUUGGAUAUGGAGCCCGUCGAGCCACAGUCACUGAAGAAGCUCAGCUUCAAAUCUCUGAAACGAGCUCUCGAUCUCUUCUCUCCCAUUCACGGCUUCCUUGCCCCGCCUGAUCCUGAAAGUAAAAGAAUUCGUAUGAGCCACAAGGUUAACGUUGAGUAUGGAGGACUCAAAAGCACCACUAGCCAACCCCCUCGUCAAGUUAGUAAUAAUAAAAUGGGAACUCAGCCUUCUCCUUCAAAUGCCCUUGCCUUACCAGGUCCUGAAGGUUUGAGGGAUCCACAAAAGGGAGAAGCUCAAAAUGCUUUGGUUGUUGGCCCAUCUGUGCCAAAAGCAUCGAAUGAUGUUGGGAUAUCCGGCAAAGGCACUGCAAUUAUAUCUGCUUCAGGGUCAUCUGAAAGGAAUUUUUCAACAUCUGCUAUAAUGGAAAGAAUUCCUAGCAGAUGGCCACGUCCUGUAUGGCAUGCUCCAUGGAAGAACUAUAGGGUAAUUAGUGGUCAUUUGGGAUGGGUGAGAUCCAUUGCAUUUGAUCCAAGUAACACAUGGUUUUGUACUGGCUCUGCUGAUCGGACUAUCAAGAUAUGGGAUGUAGGAAGUGGAAGGUUAAAGCUCACACUGACAGGACAUAUUGAACAAGUACGAGGUCUUGCUGUCAGCAGCAAACAUACAUAUAUGUUCUCUGCUGGAGAUGACAAACAAGUUAAAUGCUGGGACCUUGAGCAGAACAAGGUUAUUCGUUCAUAUCAUGGACAUUUAAGUGGUGUUUACUGCUUGGCUCUUCAUCCCACCAUUGACGUUUUGCUUACUGGGGGGCGUGAUUCUGUCUGCCGGGUGUGGGAUAUUCGUAGUAAGAUGCAAAUCCAUGCAUUAUCUGGGCAUGACAAUACAGUGUGCUCAGUUUUUACUCGACCAACGGAUCCACAAGUUGUUACCGGUUCUCAUGACUCAACUAUUAAGUUUUGGGACCUUAGAUAUGGAAAAACAAUGGCAACUCUCACACACCAUAAGAAAUCUGUUCGAGCAAUGGCACUUCACCCCAAAGAGCAUUGCUUUGCAUCUGCAUCAGCUGACAACAUUAAAAAAUUCAAUCUUCCAAAAGGGGAAUUUUUACACAACAUGCUAUCUCAACAGAAAACUAUAAUUAAUGCCAUGGCUGUCAAUGAAGAUGGAGUAAUGGCUACAGGAGGUGACAACGGCAGUCUCUGGUUCUGGGAUUGGAAGAGUGGUCACAAUUUUCAGCAAGCCCAAACAAUUGUGCAGCCUGGUUCGCUGGAUAGUGAGGCUGGAAUAUAUGCAAUCUCUUAUGAUAUGACAGGUUCAAGGCUUUUGACUUGUGAAGCAGACAAGACAAUUAAAAUGUGGAAAGAAGAUGAUAGUGCCACUCCAGAAACUCAUCCCCUCAACUUUAAGCCGCCUAAAGAUAUCCGUCGCUUCUAGGCUUUGUAGCUUCUUGGCUCUGCCUAGUAAUGUAUUAUUGUUAUUGUUUAUUAUUAUUAUUAUUAUUAUAUAUUUUUUUCAAGAAUUUAGACCCUGAGAAUUGUAUAAAGGCUUAGUUAGAAGUUUUGACCAUGUAUUCCCGCAAAAUUUAUACAAUGGCUCUUUAUUUAUUAAUUUAGUUAUUAUUAUUA